GCUGGGUCACGAUCCGCACGCUGUCGGGUAUAAGGAACAGCGAAAGGGUGAAAGUCGGGUAUGAACCGUAAGUCAUCGCCUGAUUUGGGAAGGUGAAAGUCAGGUAUGGACCGAAAGUCAUCGCCUGAUUUGGGAAGGUGAAAGUCAGGUAUGGACCGAAAGUCAUCGCCUGAUUUGGGAAUGUCCAGUUAUGUCGAGUUGGACGAGUAUAAGAAGAAAUGGACAUCAAUGGUUUUACAGAUCGAGCGUCAGACUAGAACCUAGAGUAUCCAAGAUACACCGGUCAGAGGUCAACAUUAAUGUCAACCAAAUUAUCCACACAGAAACCAUACACAUACAAUGUGUACCAAAGAUUGGUCGUUAUUCUCAGUACAGUUUAUCAACCGACGGAAAAAUCACCAGAUCAACUAAAAAUAUAGACUACUCCAUGACGUAUACCACCUAUAAACAUACUCAUUCCAUGUCAGAUAAAGGAAGGCCGUUACUCUAUAACUGUGAGAUUCUAACGUGUCUACCCUUCUCAAAACUUAGAGAAGUGUAUCACUCGCGGGCUAUCCAGCUUCCUGCAAGUAUUUAUCAUUCUGAUUCUAAUAGUGACAGUUACAUUGAUAAUGACGAUACCUUGAACAUUGUUACUGACGAUUUUCCAAAGGUUUCUGGAGAGCCCCUGACCAUGUCAACCCCUAUUGUGAGCAGACAUUUAUCGGAGAGGAACCCGCAGGUGUUUGAGUAUGACUCCAUAUCUUACCUGUAUGAAUUUGAUUCCCUAGAUUCAUUGUUCAGCAAGGAUUCCACAAUAUCGGGAGAUGACGUCACCGACUUCCAGAGCCCACGGUAUAAAAACGAAGUACUCAUCCUUGGGUUACAUUUUAAGAAAAAGAGAUAUUUAAAUACUUCAAAAGUUUUAAAAGGAAUUCUUAAAAAGAGAUCAAAAUAAAUCUACACUUUUCUCUUUUACUUUUUUUUGUGAUAACCAGACAUCGAGAGGAAACCUAGCAAUCGGCGGAGAGAUGUUGGCGGUAAAACAGUACCUUACAAAGGCGUAAUAACUGGAUAAAUGAUAAGUAAUAUCUA